AGGACGACUCAUUUCAGGCAUAUAAAACUGACUGUUUGAGAAUCAGCCAAUCAGAAGUGUCACUGCGCUCUGCGACUCGCGGAAGCAGACAGCUUUAGUUUCAGUUUCGAGACACUUGGAAGAGAUCGCUGACGUUGAAAGACUGUGCAAUGUUAUUUCAUAAAUAAUAUAAGAAAGUUUUGCUGUACUUAUUUAAAAGUUCCUAGUAUUGUGUGCGUGCAACUACCAGUAAGUACACUGAAGUUUGUUGUUAUUUUUACCUCACUUUUUACCUCAAUAAUGUCGCGGCAUGUUGCUGCUCAUUGUCAUACAGUAUAAUGGCGGAGCUUCGCACUGCUCUUGUGUUUAAUUGUUGAGAAUGAUGUUUAUUACUAGAAGUGUUGCUAUGCAAACUUUAUGUGCCUUAAUUUGAAUAAUUUAUUUUCUUACACGAUGUGUAACGUUGUUUAAGUUAAUGAGUAACUCUGCAGUCCAUAAUUAUUAUAUGUUCAGCUGAAUUUGGCAUAUUAUAUAGUGUGGUAAUUAAUGUGCAGCAAAGUAAGUAAUCUUUGAAUAGAGAUAUCGUGUACUACUGCAUUCAAGACAUACAUACCAAAACUAUAAUUUAAUUUUGAUUGUGUUUGUUUUAUUAUAUACCUGUUAGGCAUGUAAUAAUUCUUUGUUAUUUAUAUAGAGUUUACAUUUUUACUGAUUUAUGUCUGUAUCUUUAUUUCAGAACCACACACAUAUACUUUCAAUCUUUAUUUCAAUAAAACACCUAAACGGAACAUCUCGUCUGCAUUCUAAUCGAUGCCCCCUGGUGGUCACAACCUUCCAAAAACCAGUCAAAUUAUACAGUCCUUAACAAUCACCAAAACAAUUGGUCCUUCGAGCCGGAUUUACGUGUGAUCACCGUGGGAUUGUUAAGAGAUGUUCUCGGAUCAGUAUACACGCACAGAAGAUGCUCGACCCCGCCGAGAGACCCGGCGACCAGCCUGGAUGGAAGACUAUGACAUCCCCCCACAAGCAUUACAGCAGCCCUCUCGUUUACCUCAACAAUCGGUUAGCCUGUCAGAGCAACAGCGGCCUUACGACAGUAUGGUUAGAUUCCCAGAGAGACACGCCAGGAUGACGCCUCUCACACCACCACUGCUGCAUGAGGAUGGGAGUGUCAUUCGGGGAGCGGAAGCCGUCUAUCCACGUCAGUUUGAGUAUACAGAACCCCUCUUCCAGAGUACGCCCGCCUCGGCCCGAUCGAGGCCUGCCCCAGAAACAACGCCUGAGGUCCUUGAAGCUCUUUAUAAGCUGCAGGAAGAUAAUCUAAGGCUGCAGCAACAGGUAAUGGACAUGCACAGGCGACUUGAAGCCCGCACAGCCCUUUCUCCUUUACCUACAACAGCCCCCCCUCAACAGCAGUAUAACAUAGAGCAGGAUGGCGGUGCGUACCAAACCAAGCCAAUCACGCCACUUGUGCAAGUUAGUGGUCACACUCUGCCUACGAAUGAUGAUGACUGGCCACCGCCACCACCCCCAGUAGCAGACGUUUAUCAGCCACCAUCACAGGACCUUAUGGCAGAGCUCAUAACAGCACUGAGAGACAUAAGGAUUACACAACAGAAGGAGUCUCCCAGACAUCCUGAGCCCCAUCAUUCAGUACCCGGGGUACAGACGCCAGAGUAUUGUGUACCCUACACCCCACAAAGAUGCGAGUCGCUGCACGAAGAGCUGCAACCCUCUCACUACCAUGAGACAGUGUACCGCGGACCUAAACCCACAAUACCUACAUUCACCAAAGGGGAUCCGAGAGAGUUUGCCAGACUUAAGGUUGCUCUGGAGAACUUACUGCCUGUUGAUGCUACAGAGCGUUUUAAAUACCAGAUCCUGGUGGAUCAUCUGAAGUAUGAGGAGGCACUUCUAAUAGCGGACUCAUAUACAAACUCACUGCAGCCCUACACUGACACUAUGACAAGCCUAAUUGAGCAUUAUGGACAGCCUCACCAGCUAGCUCUCAGGAAAAUAGCUGAUUUAAUGGAGGCACCCAAUAUUGCACGGGGUGACUCCAGUGAGUUUAAGCGAUUCGCUUUGAAAGUGAGAGCACUCGUGGCGAUGUUAGACCAGCUUGGGGACACUGGAAAGACUGAGCUUUACUGUGGUUCACAUGUAACAAGGCUGAUGUCUAAACUGCCACAUGAUAUACGGGCCGAAUUUAAAAGAUUCCUGUACCCAAUGCGUGUUACAAUCCCAAGCCUAUUGCACUUUUCUGACUGGCUUGACUACGAGCUGAAGAUGCAGGAGACAGUGUAUGAGCCUCUAACCAGUGAAAACAAGAGCAGAGCAGGACCCAGAACAGAGCGCCGCCGUGACACUAGGAGUGGUAAGAAUACCAACAUCAUGCAUACCACAGACCAACCCGAGGGCACACUGGCAGUAGAAAAGGCCUUAUCAAGCACCAAGCAGCCAGAGAGGACAGCAUACUGCCCUUACUGCUCGAACACGCAACACUUCCUAGAUAAGUGUGCAAACUUUGCACAGCUUACAGUGGAACAGAUAACAGCGUGGAUUAAGACCAACAAGAGGUGCUGGCGAUGCGGUCGCACACACCAGGCUGCACAGUGCCGCUUGAAAAUGACAUGUCACAAGUGUAAGGGGAGACACCUGCAAGCUUUGCAUGAAGUGAAUAUAAAACCUGCAGCUGAGGAUACAUCCUGCCUUAUCAGCACAACUAAUGAAGUUCUGUAUGUGGACAGGCGGGCUGGAUGCAGCCAAGUGCUACUGAAAGUGAGUAAAGUGCUGCUGCGCAAUGGUGAACACACCUUGGAGACAUAUGCCAUCCUUGAUGAUGGAUCGGAGCGGACCAUUCUACUCCCUGCAGCAGCGCAGAGCCUUAAGCUUACUGGUGAACCGGAAAAUCUGAUCCUCAGAACUGUUCGGCAAGAUAUCAGGGUUCUGCACGGCACUGCAGUGUCGUUCUCCAUCUCCCCAGUAGAUCAUCCAAAGAAGUCCUACAAGAUACACAGAGCAUUCACUGCUGAUCAACUGGGUCUGGCUGAACACACUUACUCAAUGAAGGCACUUCAGAGGAAGCACAAACAUUUAAGAGGGCUCCCUCUCCAGACGAUUAACAGAGUGCAACCCCUGUUGUUAAUUGGGUCAGAUUAUACCCACUUAAUCACUCCAGUGGAGCCGGUGCGUGUGGGAACCCACGGGGGACCAGCCGCAGUGAAGACAAAGUUGGGCUGGACACUUCAGGGGCCGAUCAGGUAUAGCAAGGCGCAGGCAACAUCACAACAGUGUCUGCACAUCUCCACCCUCUCACCCACUAACGAGCUUCUACAGAGUGUAGAGAGAUUGUGGCAGCUGGAUGUUCUGCCUUACAGGAGUGAAAAGCUUGUCACACGCUCCAGGCAGGAUCAGGAAGCAGUCCGCCUGCUGGAGGCAAAGACCACACGAGUAGAUGUUGAUGGAAUUCAGCGCUACGCUACUCCCCUCCUCAGGGUGAAGAACAUGCCACUGCUUCAGGCACCUAAGGAGGCUGUGCUAGCUAAUCUCCGCAGUACAGAGAGGCGUCUGCGGCGAGACCCUCAAAGAGCAGCAGCAUACUGUGCAGAGAUCGGAAAGCUGGAAAAUGCAGGCUAUGCAGUUAAAGUGUCAGAAGAUGAGCUGAGCAAAUCAGCUGAGUCGUGGUUCAUCCCACAUCACAUGGUGAGCCAUAACGGAAAGAACAGGAUUGUGUUCAACUGUUCCUUCAAGUAUAAGGAAAACAACCUCAAUGAGCUGCUGUUGCCUGGGCCCACCUUAAGUUCCAGUCUACUGGGUGUACUGCUGCGCUUCAGAGAGCAUGCGAUUGCUAUCAGCAGUGAUAUUAAGGGCAUGUUUCAUCAGGUGAGGCUGCUCCCCGAAGAUAAGCCCUUGCUUCGCUUCCUGUGGCGAGACCUGAAAACAGAGGAACCACCCAGCAUCUACACAUGGCAAGUCCUUCCGUUUGGCACCACCUGUAGCCCCUGCUGUGCAACUUAUGCACUGCAGAAACAUGUGUUUGACCAUAGUCAGCCAGGUGAAGAUGUUCGAGUGUCAAUAGAACGAUCCUUUUAUGUGGAUAACUGUCUGCAAAGCCUCCCAUCUGUUGAAGAAGCCCGUCACCUGGUCGACAAACUGACCUCACUGCUGGCUACAGGUGGAUUUGAAUUACGCCAGUGGGCCAGUAACACCCCUGAGGUCAUCAGCCAUCUGCCCAAAGAAGCAAGAUCUGAGAGCAGUGAGUUGUGGCUCAACGAGUCAGGUACUGACCCACAGGAGCUGGCCCUGGGACUCCGCUGGCUCUGCAAUUCAGACACUUUAAGGUAUAAAUACCAUAUGCUGGACCAACCCACACCCACCAUGCGAAACAUAUACAGAGUUCUGGCACGCCUGUUCGACCCUCUGGGAUUUAUAGUCCCUUUCACUACACGAGCCAAGGUCUUGGUGCAGCACUUGUGGGACAAACAGAGAGACUGGGAUGACCCUUCACUGCCUGAAGAUGUGCUGCAGCCAUGGAUAAUGUGGGAGAAAGAAUUGCAGUAUCUUUCUCAGAUUCUACUGCCUCGCUGCUAUGUAAGCCCUGAGAUGAACACUUCAAACCUCCAGAGAGAUUUACACAUCUUUGCUGAUGCGUCAGAGAAGGCAUACGGCUCAGUGGCCUAUCUGCGCACGGAGAGUUCACAGGGCUGUGUGGAAGUGUCAUUCCUGCAUGCUAGAUCCAGAGUGGCCCCUAAGAAGCAGCAAUCAAUACCAAGACUAGAACUGUGUGCUGCCCUGACAGCUGCACAGCUAGCUGCACUACUUCAAAGAGAGCUGACUGUGAACAUUCGCAAUGUUAUAUGUUGGACCGACUCCACAACAGUACUUACAUGGCUUCAGUCGGACUCCUGUCGGUACAAAGUAUUCGUGGGAACAAGAAUAGCUGAAAUCCAGGAGCUGACUGAUGUCCGGGCCUGGAGAUAUGUGGAUUCUGCCAACAACCCAGCUGAUGACAUAACGCGGGGAAAAACAUUGCUGGAACUGGCUGGUAAGAACAGAUGGAGUCAGGGCCCUGCCUUCUUACAACAGUCGCCUGAAUUCUGGCCUACACAGCCAGCCACAGAGAUGACUGAGAAUCCUGCUGAGCUGCGAAAACCUACUAUCUGCUGUCUCACUACAAGUAUACAGACAUCUCUGCUAUCAAAUGUUAAUCAGUUUUCCUCAUUCAGAGCACUGAUAGAAGCGGUUGCACAAUCUAGCCCUGUGUCAUCAGUGAGCCCAGUCAGUCUUUCUGCUGAUGACUACCGAGAAGCAGAGAGAGAAGUAUUGAGACGAGCCCAACAGGACAGCUUUGCUGAGGAGCUCAGUCUUUUGAGUACCGGUAAGCCAGUAGCUGCCACCAGUAGGCUGAUUUCCCUAGCACCAGAGUAUGACAAGACUGUGAGACUCAUCCGGGUUGGAGGAAGGCUCCGCCGCAGCGACCAGUUAGAACCAGAUUCUAUUCACCCAGUGGUCCUGGACCAUCAGCAUAAAGUGACCCAGCUCAUCAUUCAGGACAUGGACAAGAGCCUUCACCAUCCAGGAUCAGAGCGCCUUUUUGCAGAGCUGCGUCGAAAAUACUGGAUUCUGCAUGGCCGUGAAGCUGUAAAGCGCCAUCAGCACUCCUGUCCGGACUGCCAGAGAUGGAGAGCUUCUCCAGUAGUGCCCAAGAUGGCAGACCUCCCACAGUCUAGAUUACAGCUGCUGAAGCCCCCGUUCUUCUCUACGGGCAUGGACUGCUUCGGGCCUUUCACAGUGAAAGUUGGCCGUCGCCAUGAGAAGAGAUGGGGCAUACUAUUUAAAUGCAUGACGACGCGUGCUGUGCAUGUGGAUGUGUUGUCCAGUAUGGACUCGGAUUCCUUUUUGAUGGCCCUCCGCCGUUUUAUAGCACGAAGAGGUAAACCAGCAGAGCUCUGGUCCGACCAGGGCACUAAUUUUAAGGGAGGUGAAAGAGAACUCCAGGAGGCCUUCAGGUCAUUACACUCCACACUCCAAACUCAACUGGCUAAACACCAGAUCCGGUUUCAGUUUAACCCCCCAAGCGCACCACACUUUGGAGGAGUCUGGGAAAGGGAAGUGAGGUCUGUUAAAGCUGCACUGUAUGCCACCAUCCAAUCACAGACUGUCCCUGAAGAGGUCCUGCGGACGGUACUUAUUGAAGUAGAAGGGAUCUUAAAUUCUAAGCCACUGGGAUACGUUUCAACAGAUGUGGCUGAUGCUGACCCAGUAACCCCCAACUUGCUCCUCAUGGGGCGGCUAGACCCCUCUUUACCACAGGCUGUGUAUGCUGAGUCUGAGCUCUUGAGUCGCCGCCGUUGGAGACAUACUCAGGUGCUGGCUGACCAGUUUUGGUCCCACUUUAUACUACACUACCUCCCGACUCUUCAGACUCGCUCUAAGUGGCACAAGGACCCAGCUCAGCUGAAAACCGGAACCAUAGUGAUGGUGGUGGACCCACAGCUGCCCAGGGCACAGUGGCCUUUAGGUCAUGUCACUGAGGUUAUUCCAGGAACUGAUGGGAGAGUCAGGACUGCAGUAGUCAAAGUCAAGGACAAAAUCUACACGAGGCCCGUCGCUCGCCUUGUAGCUCUGCCUGCUAUACCAGACACUGAUAUGGUCAGUCCUUCUUAGAUUGGCAAAUAUAGUGUAACAUAUUUGGGGGCGGCUGUGACGAAGGACGACUCAUUUCAGGCAUAUAAAACUGACUGUUUGAGAAUCAGCCAAUCAGAAGUGUCACUGCGCUCUGCGACUCGCGGAAGCAGACAGCUUUAGUUUCAGUUUCGAGACACUUGGAAGAGAUCGCUGACGUUGAAAGACUGUGCAAUGUUAUUUCAUAAAUAAUAUAAGAAAGUUUUGCUGUACUUAUUUAAAAGUUCCUAGUAUUGUGUGCGUGCAACUACCAGUAAGUACACUGAAGUUUGUUGUUAUUUUUACCUCACUUUUUACCUCAAUAAUGUCGCGGCAUGUUGCUGCUCAUUGUCAUACAGUAUAAUGGCGGAGCUUCGCACUGCUCUUGUGUUUAAUUGUUGAGAAUGAUGUUUAUUACUAGAAGUGUUGCUAUGCAAACUUUAUGUGCCUUAAUUUGAAUAAUUUAUUUUCUUACACGAUGUGUAACGUUGUUUAAGUUAAUGAGUAACUCUGCAGUCCAUAAUUAUUAUAUGUUCAGCUGAAUUUGGCAUAUUAUAUAGUGUGGUAAUUAAUGUGCAGCAAAGUAAGUAAUCUUUGAAUAGAGAUAUCGUGUACUACUGCAUUCAAGACAUACAUACCAAAACUAUAAUUUAAUUUUGAUUGUGUUUGUUUUAUUAUAUACCUGUUAGGCAUGUAAUAAUUCUUUGUUAUUUAUAUAGAGUUUACAUUUUUACUGAUUUAUGUCUGUAUCUUUAUUUCAGAACCACACACAUAUACUUUCAAUCUUUAUUUCAAUAAAACACCUAAACGGAACAUCUCGUCUGCAUUCUAAUCGAUGCCCCCUGGUGGUCACAACCUUCCAAAAACCAGUCAAAUUAUACAGUCCUUAACAAUCACCAAAACAACUAAUAUGUUUGUGAGAUGGUGCAUCAGUGUAGUGCAUCACUAAUGCAAAUGUUGUCUAAUUACCGUGGUAAUAUAUUAAAGGUUGAAAAUAUCCGUUUAGUGGACAGAAGUUCUUCUCGAAGACCUCAAGUGCGCACGCUCUACCUAAAAACUACAGACACUCAUUUUGUAGGUAAAGGAUCUGAGGACAGAAAUGAGCUAUUGGGUUCUUCACAGUUUAGUGUGUAAUGUUGUAAAGCAUAAAGCAUCUCGGGGCGGAUACUCUUUAUUAAUCUACUGCAAGAACUUUCAGAUCAUAGAGUUUAUCGUUCCUCAAGAGAGCGACUGCCACAAUGUUUACAUUUCACUCUCACAUCUCUGUGCCAGAAAAAUAUGAGGAGUUGUAUUGUUUUUCCUUUAAUCCCGAUGCUGGCAAAGCUGAAAGGGAGCAUUCAUUGGACUUUUUAGAUCUGAAGGCUGAGUACAAUCAAAUGGGACUUCCAAAUAAGUUAUGGCAUGUCACCCAAUCAACCGAGAGUACUGAGUGUGUGAUACUUACCCAGCAGACUUGUUUGUGCCUAAAUCCAUCACCCUCCCCGUCAUCGUAGGAAGCUCGAAGUUUCAUAGCAGAGGUCGAUUUCCCACGUUGUCAUACCGCUGCAAGGAAAACCAUUCAGCCUCUUUCUGGCUUCAGUGCUCUCUGCCUGAAGGAUGAGCAAAUGCUGCAGGCCAUCAUGAAGUCUAAUCCCGGCAGCAGAUUCAUGUAUGUUGUGGACACAAGACCCAAGCUAAAUGCAAUGGCGAACCGAGCUGCGGGCAAAGGCUACGAAAACGAGGACAACUACUGCAACAUUAAAUUCCAGUUCAUUAGCAUUGAAAACAUCCAUAUGAUGAGGGACAGUCAGCAGAAACUCAUAGAGGGUAUUGUCUCCAUCUUAAUUUCGGCUCUGCGUUCUCCCUCCAUGGGAGAAUUACUAACGGGGCUUGAAAAUUCAGACUGGUUGAGAUGCAUCAAAAUCGAUCAUGGAGGCGGGACUCUUCAUAUCUAAGGUGCUGAUUGAGAGAGACUGGGUUUCUUUUGGACAUAAGUUUUCACACAGAUGCGGUCAUCUCAUUGGAGAGGUAAAGGAAGUGUCCUGGAUUGUGUAUGGCAGCUUAUGGAACAGUUUUCCUGUGCUUUUGAAUACAAUGAGAAGUUUCUGAGUGAUCAGCAUCCACAACCACAUCUACUCCUGUCACUAUGGCAACUUCAUUUGUAACAGCCAGAAGGAGAGGAAAGAUCUGUGCAUCAAAGAGAAAACUCAUUCCAUAUGGCCUCAUUUGUGGGUGAACAAGCAGGAUUUCAUGAACCCUCUGUUCAAACCUGAUCAGAGCCAGAAUCAGGGACUUCUGAGGCCCAGUACUGCCCCCUACUGUUUUAAGCAUGUUAGAACAUGUUAAAUAGUUUUUUGAUCUCCUCUAUAAAAAAUAAACAGAUUUUGAUUCUCUUUCUCAUGCAUAAUUUGUCUCUCUAGUCCUAUCUUUAAGUCAAUACAGCUAUUACAGAGUAACUGAUAUAUGGUAUGUAUGUUUCUUUUACUGCAAAAAAUGCUUGUCUUUUCCAUGUUUAGAUACCGGAGACGGCUGUAUAAUCGUUUUGAUCGUGAGUUGCACCCACGUCAGUCUGAGCUAUAUUGUCUGAUGACUGUUAAAGGCUCUCUGUGAGCAGGUAAAAUGCCAGAUAUUUGCCUAAAAUGUUUACAACAAGGAGAGAGAGAGAAAGUGCAGAGCUUUGCCUGUUUGGAGACGAAGCAAAAAUCUCUGAUGCUGACAAUAGUGACCAGGAGUCAGGAGUAGCAGAUUUCAGCUCCCAUUCUUCUGGUGAAGAGUCCCUGCCAAGUGAGGACAGCGUGAAGGAUCCUGACUCAGAUGAGACUGGCCCCAAAAGAGCGUGAAGCUUUGUGAGCAAGAUAUGUUCGUGAGCAAGAUAUGAGUGU